AUGAAACGUGAAUUAGACGUGCUGCAAUUUUCGUGUCAGAAUCAGAGUCACGAUUUGGAAUACAGCAUUAAGAAAGUUGUUGAGAGGUGCAAUGACAUACAUAGAAAAGUCGAUGAUGAGACUAGGACAAAAGUGGAGGCUCUAUUAAAUGAUAUUAGAAACAAAAUGAACGCAUUUCAAAGUACCAUGAAAAAAGACAUUUACCAACCAUUGAGCGACUGGGUUAAGAACAAUAAAGAGAAAUUAGUAGCAUCCCGCAGUUACGUCGGCGACGAUAUUUUGAUAUUCGAAGAUCGUUAUCCUAAGAUUCAUACGGCGCUUGCGGAAAUAAAAAAGGUGGUUCAGCCGCUGAAUGAUUUGAUGUCCAUCGGUAUCCGUAUGAAAAACCAACCAGUGCUUGAAGGAUUUGCCGAAGAUCUAAAUAAUGCAGUAGAAAUAUUUCCUAAAGCGAUAGAGACAGAUCUAGACAGCUUGCGUAUACAAAUCACAAAAUUGAUGAACGAAUACGUUACAAGUUUAAGUGAUGGUGAAGCAUAUGCUGGCCUUUGUUCUGAAUUCAUAAAUAAUGUUUUAGAAAGCGUAAUUAAGACGCUUGAUGCGAAGGCAGCCGAGAGAGGUAAUACGGUACUUAAAAAGUACGGAUCUAUGAAAAUCAAUAUUGAGAAAUUCAUGGAAAAUUCAAAAGGCGAUUUACAGCGUAUAGGGCAGUUAGUUCAAGGCAUCAAAAACGACAUUUCGAAUCUUAAAACUCAAUCGACCAAUACGAAUGUACCAGACUCAACGCUUACAAGCAUCACUAAAACCUUACCCACCAACAUGAGAUCGCUAACUACAAGCAUUAAUAGGAUACUCGAUGUUGCCGAAGAAGUGGAAAGCAAAUUAGAUACGUGGUUACAGGAAGUGGAGUCAUAUAUUUCCGCAAUCGAUGGACUGCGUAGCAAAUGCGUCAGCGGACUGCAGUCGUAUAUAAACUCGGCAAUCACCGACUCGAAAAACAUAAUCAUCACAGACCUCAGGAAACGCUACGUUCGUCAUACUAAACUAAUGCUCACCGCGUUCGCGGACAAGGUCAGCCAGGAGUUGCAGGGGUUGCCGGGGGAGAUUGAGAGGGAUCUGCGCAUCGGGUUCAAGGGGUUGAUGAGAGUGAUGGGAGGUAAUAAGUACAAUCCAGAAUCAUCAGAAACUUCCAAAUUUGACGAUUCGAAAAGGUCUGAAUUGUUCAAUGUAAUUAGUCAGUUUGCCCCGUCCUUGACGUCACCACUGAAUGGCGCAGUUCAUCUUCAGAAAUUUCAACAGUUAUCUACUCACUUCCACACCUAUUUCGCCAAUAUUUACGGCUACAUCAAUCAUCAAAUUACCCCCAAUCCGCCACCUCAGUCUCCUACCGAAGACCCCAACGUCGCCAAACUCACCGCUGUCAACUCAAAAUUCACCGAUUUACUCACCCACCUCAAAACCGACCCUAAUCAACCCAGAACAUAUAUAUUUGAUAAUACUUACACUAAUCUACAUUCCACCCUCUCCUCCUCCCUCACCGCUCUCCACCCCUCCGCCUUCGCCAACCCCCGGCACCCGGAGCUGCUCGAUGCGAUCAAAAAGGGGCUGGAGGGGUUUGUCGAGCAGAUGGAGCGGGUGUAUGUGAACGGGUAUGAUGAUGGAAAACCUAUAGAUUGGAAUACGAACAAAUUGGUCGAAAAUAAGUCUGAUUCUGAAAAUUCUGGUCAGAACGAAAAAUUAACGCCUUACGGUGAAAAGUUGUCGAAGGUGUUCCUUAGCAUUAUCGAAAUGUUAUUGAACAACUGUUGGGGGUUAUAUAAAGAAGGUUAUGCAAAUCAAACUCAGCGUAUUUGUCUAUAUAAUACGAGCAAGGAUGGCGGGAAAUUGGUCAACGCGCUCGGCACUUUAUUACAUAAACUAGGGUAUAAGGUGCCAUCUGAGGAGGACAAGCAGGACGGGGAGUUGCAGAAUAAGGACAAAACUAUGACAGGUGCAAAAAUUAAGGAGUUAUUUGAGAAAAAAUUAAAAUCGCAGACGACUGCAUUACUUGGAGCUAGGGGAGCUGGCAUCCUCAGUUUCCUAUAUGGUUAUCUCCAGAAGUAUUACGAGGUCCGUCAUCUGGAGGUUCGCGCCUCAACCAAACAUCCCGCGAACAGUUAUCAGAUGCUACAGUGGCUUGCCGGUCUGCGGUGGAAUCCAGUAUUUUUGCCAGUGCGGAAAUAUUUCAGGGAAUUAAUCCCUAUACCUGAAAAAUUCAAGAACACGCCGCGUGAGAAGAUUUCUACAAAUGACCUUAACCUUGCUGCGACCUCAAACAUCAAAGCUCAGCAGCUGGCGACAACAAUGUUGCCAAAUGUUUGUUUGCACGCCCACUCGGUUCUUACUGCCAUCAUGGGUCACGGCCACGCGGGUGGACGUUACGCAGUUGACUACAACACCAACGCGGAAAACUUCGAUUAUCCCAGCAACGCCGCUGCGUGCUUUGAUUUACUCGCGGAUAUAUUAGAAAGACUGUAUCACCAGUUCCGAUUCCUAUGCAGUCAGUGCGAGAACGGCCGUGAGAGCGGUGGAUGGGCUGAUUGUUGGUACGGUAGGUAUGUCGCUGGAUCGGACUGGCAGUGUAAUGAGAAGCAAUGUGCCAACCAAAUAUGCGACCAAACGAAGAACCAAACACGCGACCAAAUUCAUGAGCAAAUGGGUGACCAACACCCCAAGUGCGGUGUGAAAUCGCCACUCCAAUCGUACCUAGAGGACGGCCUACAAGGUUUCCUACCACACCAGUUCAAAAAGCCAGGUUGCAAGCUGGACUGCACUGUGUCCAAUCACCGCGGCCUGCCGUGCAAGACACCAAUGGGCUUUUGUGAUAUCAGUGAACUAGCAUCGCAUACGAAAACGGGCGCCGAUCUCAGAAAGAUUCUAAGAGAUUUCUGUGGUGAAAAAUCUCACCUCCGCUCACUAUGCGCUUGCAUUAUAUGUCUCAUGCAAAAACCUCCGCUGACGCUAGGCGACAUGUUCGCGUUCUAUUAUAAUUAUAUAUACGGCUGGACCACGCAGGAUAGAGAACAUAGAGAGGGCGCAUUUAACAAAGCCGUCAGCGCAGCGCACUUCGAGAACAAAUAUGAUGAGCUCAAAGUGCAUAACCUAUUUUCCCCUAGUCACUCCGCAGUGUGGCAGGGGCAUUCGAGCGGUAGUCUCGGCAGUUUCGUAUGCACAUCAAGAGAAUCGGUCGUAUGUGGGCCAUAUCUGUAUCCCAUCAAUAGCGAAAUCAGAAAUAUAUAUGCAGCUAAAUAUGCCGAUAAAUACCUAUCAUGGAUUGUUUACCAGACUGAGACAUUCUACGAUUUACUCAAAAAGUUAUAUGACGAGUGCAACUCUAACUGCGGUCCAAAGGGAUCCAACUGCUUAACGACAUGCUGUGUUAAGGAUUGUCCAAGGCAUAGAAAACCGCCAACCCCAAAGGAACAUCAUACCGAUUGUAAAUCUAUAGUCCAAUGCAGAAAAGCACUGCCGACUUUGUCAAAAUACGGGUUCGUGUUUCUACAGCAAGCCAAGUUAAACGGGAAGGAUGGACUCGAGAAAAAACGCACGUGCCAAAAUUUCUGUACGGCAUUCAAAGAGGUAUUUAAUAAGGAGUCUAUACUUGUCGAACUUAUUAGAAAAAUUGAUGACUUCAUUUUCACAAUCAGGCAGCCGUUUAUAUGGCUCAACGUGGCACUCUGGUCACUCUCCCUCUUCUACCUCAUCUGCGUGAUGGUUGGCAGACUGGAUGUGCUCCACAUACGCUCACACCUGAGGAUACCGUCAUCGCACAAAAUAACGGCGCAAUCGCUGUUGGCUGCAGCGCAAGUCGGAAGGCUUGCCAAGAUAUCGUAUCUACAGCCGUAA